GAUUUUACAGAUUCUGUAGAUAGUUUACAACAACAGCUUGGUAUUAGUGAUGGGGUAGAAAUGCCAGUUGGUAAUAAACCAGUUACUGCUAGAGAAACAUUUGUUAGACAUUAUAUGAAUGAGAGAGAAGAUGAAUUUACUAAUAUUCAUCCUUUAAAAAUAUUCUGUGGAACCUGGAAUGUUAAUGGUCAAUCUCCGUCAGAACCUUUAAAUGAAUGGUUAUGUUAUGAUGAAGAUCCUCCCGAUAUAUACGCAUUAGGGUUUCAAGAAUUAGAUUUAAGUAAUCAAGCCUAUAUAUUUUCGGAAUCUACAAAAGAUGUGGAAUGGCAGAAAGCUGUGAGAAAUUAUCUUCAUCCUGGUGCUAGAUACAGAAAGAUUAAAUCAGUCAGAUUAGUAGGGGUUUUAUUGAUAGUAUUUAUUCAGGAGAAACAUAUACCAUUUGUCAAUAGAAACUUUAUUGAUACUGAUUCAGUAGCUACUGGUAUUAUGGGAAUAAUGGGUAAUAAAGGUGGUGUUUCUGUCAGAUUAACUUUACACAAUACAUCACUAUGUUUUAUCAACUCACAUCUAGCAGCUCAUCAAGAAGAAUAUGAAAGGAGAAAUCAGGACUACAGAGAUAUUGAAUCUAAAACCAAGUUUAAACAGUUUUUACCACCUUUAAAUAUCAAUGAACAUGAUAUGAUAUUUUGGAUUGGAGAUUUAAACUACAGAAUAUCUAAUUUGGGUAUAAAUGAUGUUAAGAAAUAUGCAGAUGAAGGUUUAUAUGGUAAAAUGUUACCACAUGAUCAGUUAUCUAGCCAACUUGGUAAAAGUGAUGUAUUUCGUGGUUAUUGUGAGGGUCCUAUAACAUUUACACCUACUUAUAGAUAUGACACUGGUACUAAUAAUUGGGAUUCCAGUGAAAAGAAACGUAUACCAGCAUGGUGUGAUCGGGUGUUAUUUAAAGGAAAUGGCAUUAAUCAACUAAGAUAUAAUUCUCAUCAAACUCUAUGUGUUAGUGAUCAUAAACCUGUUAGUGCUUUACAUCAAUGUAAUAUACGAGUCAUAGAUCAAACUAAAUAUAAGAAGGUAUAUGAAGAAAUUAUGAAAAAAUUAGAUAAAAUCGAGAAUGAAUAUUUACCUCAAGUUAAACUAAGUUGUACAGAGUUUUCAUUUAAAGAUGUAAAAUUUAUAGAACCAAGAUCUGAUAAAUUAGUUGUUUCCAAUAUUGGACAGGCACCAGUUACUAUAGAGUUUAUUAAGAAAUUAGAUGAUAGUGAUAUAUGUAAACCAUGGUUACAAGUUACACCAUCUAAAGCUGUGUUAAAACCAGAUGAGAUAUUAAAUAUUCAGAUAGAUAUAUAUGUAGAGAAAGCAUCAGCUGCUAAAUUAAACAGUAAAGAUGAUACAUUAGAUGAUAUUUUAGUUUUACAUUUACAUGGUGUUCCUGUAACUGGGAAUUAUUUACCUAGUUCCUUUGGUUCAUCAAUAGAAGCUUUAAUACAGAUGCAUGGACCAAUUCGAGAAUUAGAUAUACCUAAAUUAGUAGAAAUAGUAAAUAAUUUUGAUGUUACAUUUACUGGUGGUAGAUUAUAUAUGGUACCUAAAGAAAUAUUUCGAAUGGUCAAUCAUAUACAUUUACAUGGUUUAAAGGAGGAGAGUUUAUUUCAACAACCAGGUUUAAAUUCUGAGAUACAACAAAUACGAGAAUGUUUAGACACUGGUAUACCAGAAACCCUGCCUGGAAGUAUCCAUUCUGUAGCAGAGUCUUUACUAUUAUUCCUGGAAGCAUUACCAGAAUCGGUCAUACCUAGUAUAGCUUAUUAUAAAUGUCUAGAUACCUCCAAUAAUUAUCUUCUUAACUUUCAUCGGAAUGUUUUUAAAUAUUUAUGUGCUUUUCUUCGAGAAUUGUUAAAAUAUAGUGAAGAUAAUAAUUUAGAUGUAAAAUUUUUAGCAUCAAUGUUUGGGGAGGUAUUUUUACGUCCACCAAAACCAUUAACAGAUCCAAGGUUAAAGAGUGAUGCUCAUGCAAAACAAGCAAGAAGAAUGGAAGAUGACAAGAGAGCUGCCUUUAUUUAUCAUUUUCUAACUAACGAGUAUGAUGACUAG